AUGGAGGAUGGCAGGAGCGCCCACAUCGCUGUUGUUGGCUGGGCGUGCACAACCCUCUGCCUGGUCUCCUGUGCGGCCGCCUUCUCGCACGGCGCGAGCCUUUCUGCCUGCACCGACAUGAUGCCCAGGCACCUGAGAACGCAGCUCCACAGCCCCAGCAACAACUACAUUACUGUCCACACCAACAUGUCUUUCUACUUCCCAGGCGACAAGGUUCCAGUGACCGUGAGGAGCACCCGGGAUUUUAUGGGCUUUUUGCUUCAAGCUCGCAAAGUGUCAAACGAUGAAAUCGCUGGCACAUUCAUCUUCAUCCCUCCUGGUUCCAAGCUGCUGACUUGUUUUGAAGAUGGUGACACCGUCACCCACUCGGACAAGUCACUGAAGAGAAACCUGUCCUUCGUAUGGAAAGCACCAGACCAACCCAUUGGAGACAUCAAGUUUUUCAUCUCCAUAGUCCAGUCAUACUUUGUUUACUGGGCAAAGAUCGAAUCUGCUAUCGUGGCUCAGCGAGGGCAAAACAAAACACUUGCUGGUGGCAGCAAGAAGCCUGACCCCGUAACGCCCGUGCCCUCGCUGGGACCGGCUGACCCACACCCCACAGCUGCCACCAGCUCCCCUCUGCACACCCCCGCGCCGCCUGCCAGCCCCACCAGCAUCGCGGCAACGCCAGCACCCGAGCCAGGUUUUGGUGCUGGGUCAGAUGCCCGUCCCGUCACUGAGCAAAAGCAGCCAGCCCGGCCUUCACGGGAUGUGUCCAGUGGGAGCAGUGGGUCCUGGGGCCAGGGGCUGGGGGCGUCCCUCCCCACCCGAGACCCCAGCACAGCAGACGCCUUGCAAGGUUCCCUCUCCCAGGACGACAACUCCAGAACAGGAGGCGUUGCCAGCACUACCACCUCACGCAACUGUUUGGUCUGUAAAGACGAUGGGCAGGCCAGCACUGAGAGCGGGGCCAUCUCGAAAUCCUCCCCACAUGCGACAGCGUCUCCUUCUGCCCCGCACGUACGCACUCACCUGGGUGACGCCACUGCGACAACAGCCUGGUUUGGUGAUGCUGAUGCUGCCGGCAAUUUGUCAUCGGCUUCAAGGCAAAUGGCAGAAAGAAAGCUGGCAUCGCAGCCAGAGGAGACGGGCGCUGGGGGCAAGGAGGAGGCGGCAGAUGGGAAUACUCUGCCAUGGGUGACCAGACCAGCUCCCAAAUCUGCUGUUCCCGGGAAGGGGGAAGACCCUGGCAGAGGCACCCGACUCCUAGCAGCCCAACUCGGCAUCCUCCUGGUCUGCACUGCUGCCCUGGGCCUGGUGCUGGCAGCUGCCGUGCGCUGUGUCUGUGCCCAGCAUUGCCACAAGCGGUCGGAGGUCUCCUUCAGCGAGCCGGACCCCAACGUCAUCGCCAUCAGAGAAAACGGGGAGGUGAUGCACUUCCGAAAGAUCCGGGAGAACAGCUUCGUGCUGGUGCAAGCCCAGUACAACUGGGUCAGCCCGUCAAGCAGCGGGAAGAAGACAAUCAUCUGA